UGAUAAAAUUAGUAAGAUACUCAAAUUACAUUUUACAUUUUUACAAUCAAAAAUUAAAAAAAUGGGAAGCAUCACCACUGAAGAGUUUAACUCAGAGGUUGAACAAUUAAUUGAAACUGGAGAUGAGUCAUUGAAGGAUGAUCUAAAAUGUCUGCCUUUUAUAAGAAUGCACAGAGUUGUUAUGAAAUCAAGAUUUGAAGUAGGCUCUAUUAGACAAAAAUUGGAACAGUCACUGUCCUUAUACUGCAAUACAACUACUUCUGCAAAAAAAACCACGGAGCUUUUUUUACUUGAAAAUGAUGAAAAUGACAUUGUUAUUGAAAGUAUUAGUCAUAGCAGAAUACCAGUUGUCAGUUCAGCACCACUUAAGUUAAGAGAUUUACCAGCACAAAGCAUUUUACAAGCUACUUAAAACAGCACAGAGAAAUUGUUGAGAAAAACAUAGCUGACGUGGAGCAACAUUAUUUUGAACAGAGAAAAGCAAUGGAUGCUCAAGUUCAAGAAUGGAGGAAACAAGCUAAAUAUAAUAAGGAAAUGGUACAGUGUCAUUCUGAUUUAAUUGAUAAUCUGAAGAAGCAGAAAGUUCAUCUUUUAUCUCUAGCCAAUCAAUUUGGAAUUUACUUGUUUCCCAAGCAUUUACAAGAUGAAUAGCGUUAGUGUGUCAAACUGUCACUGUGGACUUUUGUUUUUUGUAGUUUUGGAUCUAACUAUAAUACUGAGUGAUUGUUACAAUAUAGAGUCUAGUGAUUGUGGUUCUAACUUAUGAUUUUGGCUUGCAUUUUGUCUGUAUAUGCUAUUAUAAUUUCAGCUGAUCACAAGUUUUUAAAGCAAACAAUAUA